GAAUAAUCAUUGAAGUUUUUACAAAUGAAUCUUAAAAUUUGUUUCUAUGAGUUUGAAAGAAACAGAUUGAAAUGUAUUGUAUUAUUUCGGGAAAAGUUUUAUUUUGAUGCUGCGAUAGUUAAACUUUUUGAUAAUCGCUGCGACAAAACAGUAAUUCCUCUCAGAAUUAAAAAAAAUUAAUUUCGAGAGAGGAUUUUGUAAUUUCACUGAUAAGACAAAUACAAAUAAUUUAUAUUAUCGUGGCUUUCAGUAUGAAAAGUAAAUUUUGCGUUUGAUGACACAACUUUUUCAAGGCUGCCUCAGGAGCAAGUUUUUUGUGUGAAGCGAGCGCGCAGUAUGGAUUUUGGCCAGGGAGCCAGUUGAAAAUCUGCACGGACUUAUUUGGCGAGGGCUUGCGAAGCGGGCACGGAGAGGAGGACGGGAUUUGCAUAGAGCGCGGCGGAAGGGAUUGGCACUCGGCGUUGGGAAACUCUUGCGCAAUCCAGUAGCGAGUGAUAUUGGACUCAUUAAUAAAUAGGUAGCUGCUGCAACUGCUGGAAAGGAAGCACGCACCCGCCGAACGAACAGCGCGUUUUAUAGAGGCAACCGCGGCAGUCGCAAGCAUCUCCGCCAGUAGCUCCUCUGAUUGACACCGACAGAGAUGGAUGCAGUCCAAGAAAACGACGUGUCAGCCACAGCGGCCCUGACGCCCCCGAACACACCCCCCGCAGCACCUUGCAAAGCGCUGGCCCCCGCCAGCAGCAAAUUCACAUUCGACCUGGAACGUUCCGCGUUUCAGCCAGCGCUGCAACGGCCGCCCGCGGUGGUGGACCACAAGCAGCUCAUCAUCAACAACCACCUGCACCAAACCUUCUACCUGCAGCAGCACCCUGAGGCGAGCAGCCUUCUGCAGUACCCCCCGCAGGACCUGCGUCUUCACUACAACAUGCUGGUCGGCCAGUGGCUCCGGUACUACCGCGGCCAAGUGGCCAAUCCGGCGACCCCGGCCGCCGCCCCGGUGCCCUUGACCACCGGAGUGGGUCGAGGAAGGGGCGGCAGGGGUGCGUCCAACAGACCAAAGAAGCAAUUCAUCUGCAAGUACUGCAACCGGCAAUUCACCAAAAGCUACAACUUGCUGAUUCACGAACGGACGCACACCGACGAGCGGCCCUACAACUGUGACAUCUGCGGAAAGGCCUUCCGCAGGCAGGACCAUCUUAGAGACCACAGGUACAUCCACUCGAAGGAAAAACCUUUUCGGUGCUCGCAGUGCGGCAAAGGUUUCUGUCAGGCGCGCACUCUGGCCGUGCACCGCAUCUUGCACCAGGAAAGUGCGCCGCAUCGGUGCCCGGUUUGCGCCCGCGCCUUCAACCAGCGCUCCAACCUGAAAACCCACCUGCUCACCCACACCGACCACAAACCCUACGAGUGCCACUCGUGCCGCAAAGUCUUUCGGCGCAAUUGCGACCUCCGCAGGCACGCCCUGACGCACGUCGAAGGCGCCCUGUUCCCUCCAGAGCUGCUGGCCGAGGCUUCCGAGCCCACCCUGGACCUCUCAGUCAAAGGCACCCAGCCGUCAGUUCCUAACAAGCCCUUCAGCUUCAGCAUCGACGACAUCAUGCGCAGAUAAAAAGGAAAAAAAGCACCAUGAUUCUACUUAUUAAUUAAUGAAUUGAUUUGAAGCCAAAUAUUUGCACUCAGGACUGGCCCGUUUGUCAAAAAGCGGGGCCGGGUUGAUUUUGACUAAAUACAUUGAACUAGCUGAUGAGUUUUAUUGAUCAUCAGAGCGGUUGAUUAAGUGUAUAAUUAUAAUAUAUAAUGCCUGUUAUGCAUGGGAGUAUAAUUCUAUUAUAUAUUAUUGUGAAAUAUAUAAUUAUUGUCAAAGAACAUAAAUUAUUGUAAUGUAUGUGCUUGUAAAUAAAUUUACCGGCUAUGAUUAAUGUAUAAAUUAACUGUGCAUUUGCUUUGAAAAGAGAUUUCUGAUCAGUUAAUUGUGCUAUGAUACGUCAUG